GUGUGGAUCCCAUGCCCUCAGUGCCGACAGAACACGCCUCGGCCCAGAGGAGGAGCAGCGGGGCUGGACCUGGAUCUGGCCUCCUUCCUGGGUGUGAAAGCCCAGCAGACCUGCUCAUCCACCUGGAGUUCCAGCCGCAGGGAGGGGACUCAAGCCGGAGAUGUAACCCAGGAUGGGAAGCUGUGGCUGGGGAAGGAGGUCACCGAUGAAGGCUGGUCACACGGAGGUCUUGCUGAGCCACGUUUCCAUCGCUACGGCAACUGCUGCCCGCUGCCAUCCUAUUGGUUGUGCUGCUGGCUGUGCUGCCCGGGCCGGGGCUAG